CUGGAAUUGUAAAUGCAAACAAUUCGCGUACGCCCUGGAACAGGAAUCGAAGAAACUUCGGCGAGUUAUUUGAUGAAAAUCCAAUAAAAUGGACGAGAGAAUUUUCUGGAGUUUGUUGAAAAGCGAAGUGCACGUAAAGCAAAUUUAUCGAAAUUGGCAGCAAAGCUAUCGAGAUGAUACUACAGCUGGAAUAUUAGACGUUCUGCAGUUAGUGAUUGAUUUGACUGGUUACGAAUACCAGUUUACCUCAGAAGAUUUGAAAAAUAACAAUUUGUUGGAUCUUGUACGAAAGAAGAUCGUCAAAACGAGUUUUGAAGAUAAAGCUAUUUUCGAGAAUGCUGUGUUUCUAAACGGUCUGAAUAUGUUGUUCAAACUCAUGAUAGUUCAGGAUCGAAAGGAACUGUUAGAGAACAACAUUUGGCUCAAUAAAACCGUCCGGCUCCUCAUGGCAUUCUGCGAGUCCAAUGAUGACAAAUGCAAAAUGGUAGCAGGCUACCUAAGUUCUACGAUAUUAGUUCUGGUUUCUGUUGUACAAGAGUAUGUGCUACAGGAUAAUAAAAACAUCCAGUUAGAGGAAGAUUCCGAAAAACUUCACGAAGCAGUAAAGCGCGAAAGAUACAUCUCAAAACUUAUUAAACUACUGGUUAAUAACGUUGAGGCUGGUUGCCGAUAUAACAAAACGCUUCCAUUGAUAGCAGAGUCAUACUGUGAAUUUCUCGAAACACAUUUAGUGUUCACGCAGGACGGUAGCAUGCUGGAAAUGCUCACAAAGUUUCUGCAGCAUCAACACUGCAAAAUGUUCUCCAUAGUGGCUAAUUGUCUCAAAAACUUGCUCAAUUCCGAUGAACCUAAUUCAGAGGUAGAAAAAAUAAUCGUUAAAUUUUUCUUGCAAUCUUUGGGAAAACGCUUUGUUCAAUCUAUGAUAAGUUUCAAAUCGUGCCAAAGAGUGGCCAUGGAGGUUAUCGCUGCUGUGCAAAGACAAAACUGUGGCCGUGCUAUAUUUGAUAACGAAAUGACCGAAAAGGUUAGACAGUACAUGUUUAGCGAUGAUGAGGUUGUUCGAAGUCAUGCAAUCGAUUUCCACGUCAGUAUUUGUUGUACCCCAAAUGAUGUUGACAACAAAAAUGGUGAUAUUUUACUCGGUAUAUUGAGAUUAUACGGACGCUACAAUCACACGUCAAUUUCCCUGAAAGAGUUGAUAACCGAUCUAUGGAAGUUGGAUUUUUUCGAUGAUUGGGGGCUACUUUUUAAUAUACUUAGUACUGAAUGCACUCGCAAUGAUAACCUUUUUAUGAUUACAUCCGUAGUACUUGUUAUAUCGCAAUGCCAUAAGCUGAUGCUAAGUGACCUUGAACAUGCUUUGGAUCCAGGUUCCAAAAACGCAGAUUUUUCACAUCUACGGAAAAUGGCAAAAGCUUUCUUGCUUGAUUACCCUCACGCUUUGCAGGAAUCCAUGCAACAUAAACAAGCAUUCAUUGCAUUGUUGCAGCCGGCUAACUCAGCGUGUCAUACUGUGUUGCAGCAAUGUAAUAUUACUCACGAUGACUACUACGAUUCAUUAUUUACGGUGCUGUCCACUGUGCUAAAAGUUGCAACUAGCUUUGAAGUGCUACAGAAAAGUAUGAUGACCAUACGCAGCUAUUGGGGUAUUAUAGUGGAUAUAGAGGAAAUGUGGAUCGAUAUUUUGAAUGGAAUUGUAGAAGAAUUUGUAAGCACAAGAAUGCGAUUUAACAGCAGAAACAUUGGUCAAGAUUGCAUUCUCACCAAUAAGUACGUAACGUGUAUGACCCGACUUACCGCUUUUCUCGAGUUGGAUUACGAACUGCAUGCACAUGCAUCAGUUAUUAAGAAAAUAUUGGUGAACGAUUUUAGGCUGCUGGAUAAAAUGAAUUUGAAUAACAGCCAGACCAGCAUGUUUUAUCGUUUGUACAAAUGCGUCAUCUACGUCAUUGUAAAAGAAUUGCCAGCUGGUACUGACAGCGGUUUCGGGGACUCUUUCGCCAAUCAAACGUGCAGCGGCCAGCGUUUGAAGAAACGCAUGCAGGAGCUGUUGCGCGCUUUGGUUAUACAACUUAACAGUUUCGAUGAAACGCUUGAUACCUGCUUGCACGUAUUUACUAGCCUCUGCGACAUGCUUCUAUUAAGCCAAAUCGAUGUUGUCGAACUACAUCAAAUUGAUUUCAGAGUUGAAGUAAUCGUACUGGAAAAAAUGGCAAAGUAUUUACUUAAUUAUCUGUUCUCCAAAGAAUAUGAUUGGCAAGAGGAUCCAGCUGCUAAACACAAGCUGAUAAUGAAAAACUAUAUCAAUCUGUACACACUUCACAAAUCAUUGCCCCGCAUCACGGAUACGCACUACAUUGUGGCAAAUUUUGCAGUCGAUACACCUUUGGAGGAACAGCUAAAGCAACUGAUGAAAGCCCUGCACGGAAGUGACCCGGUCCAGUUUGGUGAAGUAAUUUGCUUGGCUGCAUUCCAGUUACUGUUUGCCUAUCGUUCCGAGUCUAGUGUCAAGCAAUUCUUCAAAAAGCUACAAUCAUUCUUUCUGACCGAAUUAUUGGUUGACAAUAAGGAGGAAUGCUGUAACCUAGUGGCCAACAUAGUGGAGAAGAUAUUAAAUCACAUGAUGAAUGUGAUGAACGAAGAAGACUGCGUACGAAUGGCUACGCGUAUGCUCAAGCUGAUGGAAACUUUAUUACCGUAUGUUCCGAUUGAAGACCGAUUGUCAUUAGAACAUUUGCUGCUCCGGCAUCCGGAUUUCGAGCACUUUGGCGAGGAAGAUCGUAAAGCGGUCAAACGAUUCGUAAAGCAAUUAAAGAAAUGAUGUGGCUUUACCUGUUUUUUUUUUUUUCAUCUCUGGACAUACAGUCAGACCAAGAUAAGUAUUGUUUCAAGCGACAAUUUCAAAAUCAUAUUCUGUUAUAGUAUAAAAUAUAGACAUCUGAGCCGAAACCUUAAAUUGUUUUCGGAGAUCGAACCUAGUGUUCAGAUUUAUCAACAUGCAUUUCUUUUACUUGAUCAAAACUUGCUAGUGAAGUGUUCUUGCACGGUUUUUGAACACCAGGCCUCGUUUGAGGGUUCUAUUGAAAUAGUUGAUGGCAUUGUACGACCAGGAGCAUCAUAGACAGGUUCUCACUGUACGCUUGGAGAAUUUGUUUUGUCAAAUCACGACCGUAGAAUCCAAAACUGUUCCAGAUUUUGCUAGCUUGUGGUUCUCAAUCAAAUGUUCCACAUUAAUCCUAUUUUGCGCUAUCUAAUGUUAAUGUUCUUUAUACCUUCUCACCACGCUGCAACGCGCUAGUGAGAUUAUUAAUUUAUUCUCUUGUGUCUCAUCUUCGAUUACUUGACUAUUUCAUUGUGAUUUUACCUCAGAAACGAUUUUCCCGAACCUCAGUUCUCGAAUAGUUCCUUUUAUUGCCGAAGCACUGCUACCAUCAAGCUAUUGGACCACAUCCAGUUCUGUAAGCUUCUUAAGAAAACGUAUGGAGUAGAGUGCCCACAACAUGACAUAAAGAUCGUCAUCGGAGAUAUGAACGCACAAGUUGGACGGGAGGAGUUCUUUUGUUCCGUUAUUGGUAGGGAAAGCCUUCACUCUGCACCAACGACAACGGCUUGAAGUUAGUGAACUUCGCCGCGGCCAGAAGAAUGGCCAUCUGUAGUACCCAUCUUGAACGUCUGAACAUUCGGAAGCAAACCUGAAGACACUUUUCAGACGUCAUAGAUGUGCGGUCCUUUCGAAGGCCAAACAUCGACUCAGAUCACUAUCUCGUUGUAGGCAGGAUUUGUGCCCGGCUGUUCAACGUAUUUGAAUCGAAAUCGGCGAGGAAGAUACGUCUGGACAUCCAGAGGUUAUCAGCGGAAGGAGUUGCUGCAGAGUAUACUCGGAAAGUGGAUAGACGGAUCAGUAAACCAACUGGAGUGGACCUGAACGAGCUGUGGAAGCACAUCCAUGAUGCGGUCAGCGUAACAUCGCGAGAAGUGAUAGGCAUGACAACGGGAACCACGCGAAUGUCUAAAGGAGGCGGUAAAAAAGAACCGAGCCUACGCCAACACGUUAGUAGUAGCUAAUCGUGUGACACGUCACAUGCGAGAGAAAGACCGGGAGGCAAGAGCUGCUGAAAAAAAGCUUCACCGCCGUAAGAAACGUGAGCACUACGAUCGCGUCCUCGCGGAGGCGGAUAAUUGCUUCACCAGGCACUACACGAGGAGCUUCUAUAGAACGAUCAACGAAAUCAGUACCUGCCAUGUGCAAUGACCUGGAGGGGAACCUGAUUACCGAUAAAUCGCAGGUGGCCAGGCGUUGGAAGCAACAUUUUGAAGUAGUGUUGAACGGUGAGGAAGGUAGGAGAGUCGCCGAAGGAACAGGAUAGAAAUUGGGGAGGACGGACAAGCUGUGGACCCACCAACAUUGGACGAGGUGAAUAAUGCUUGCAAAGAGCUAAAAAACAACAAAGCCGCUGGGAAAGACGGCUCACCGGCCGAAUUUUUCAAAGUUGGGAGCGAACGGCUGUGUAGUGCAAUUCACCAGAUUAUCCUGAGGGUAUGGUCUGAGAAACAACUACCUACGGACUGGUUGAAAGGACUUAUAUGCCCUAUCUACAAGAAGGAACAUAGACUCGACUGUAGUAAUUAACUAAAAAAAUUUUCCCGUAUCCUGUUCCAGCGACUGAGGCCGUUGCAGGAAGCCUUUGUUGGAGAACACCAAUGCGGUUUUCGAGUGGGGCGAUCUACAACGAACCAGAUGUUUACCUUCUCGACCAGUUUCGAGAAUACAACUUGCAGAUGCAUCAUCUGUUUAUUGACUUUAAGGCGGCGUACGACACAGUGAAACGCAAUGAGCUAUGGCAAAUAAUGCUAAAACAUGGUUUCCCAACAAAACUUAUUAAACUGUUACGUGCGACGCUUGACGGUUUCACAUCAUGCGUCAGGACGAAUUUUCGGACGCGUUUGUGACGUUAGAUGGUCUGAAGCAAGGUGACGGGCAUUCGAACUUGCUGUUCAACAUAGCUUUAGAAGGUGCGAUACGAAGGGCAGGUGGGCUUCUAGGCUUCGCGGACGGCAUUGAUUGAAUUGGUGUUAACCGUAGAGCAGUUGAGGAGACCUUCACGGCUCGCAAAAGGGAAGCUGCGAGAAUUGAACUCACCAUAAAUACUGCCAAAACAAGUACAGUCGUAUGAUUGUUUAUUUGAUAGCAAAAAUUUUUGAAUACAACUAGUUCGCUUCGAAAAAUAAUUAUCCGAAUACAUCACAGUUCCGUAAAACAGUUUCACAAAAACUACAACUAAAGCUCGUCUUCGAUUGCAUUACUCCAGGAGAAGCGGCUCAAACAGCGUCUGUUUCUGAGCGAGUGGCUGAGUUUGAAACACUGUACCAUGACUGCGGGUAAUUCUGCGCAGCACAUUUUCCCGCGCACUCAUCUUGAAAAACUGUUUUGAACAGUGAAUUUUACUUGAUUCUUCUUUAAACGACUCUUUAGCGCAAAAA